GAAAACCUAGAUAAGAAUAUAGUUGUUGAAGUAUCCUCUUCAUCUAUUGCUAUCCCAUUCCCUGCUCCUCUUUUCAGAAAUACCUGUGAAUUAUGAGAUCAGGAAAAAGAGGUGCAGGGCCCUGAGUUGCAACGCAGCACUUGAACUUCCUUUCCCGCAGCCAAAGAAACUGACUGGAGAGUGCACUGUCAGGAGAGAGAUUCGAUCUGCACAGAAUAUUCUGUGAGGAAGUGCUUCUGAAAAGCAUGAUCCUGAGUCCAGAUUCCUCUGUCAGAUAGAAAGUUCAACUCGGUCAAUUGAUUGCUCUCUUGCUCAUUGCACAGUCGGUCUGAACUGGAAAUCCAGAAACUUUGCGCUCCCCCUUUCAUAUAAUGUUUUACCUACAGAGGAUGAUUUCCUGGAUAACAAAUUCAGUUCUUCAGCUAGCUCCAGUUAUAAAUCAGACUGCCUGUUAGGUUCCGGAUGGGAGGAGUAUUAAACAAUUGUAGCUGGCAGAGGAUUCUGGACUCAGGAUCAUGCUUUUCAGGAUCAACUGAGGAUACCUCAUUUAGGGAGUCUCUUGAACUUGAUAACAGUUCAAAUGUGAUGCAUGAGAGAAGGAACCCAUUUAUCCGGAGGUUUUCUUUGCAUAGAAGCCUGAUACAUGAUGGAUCAUCUUUUGAUAGUGAUGAAGAUAUUAAGUUUGAAAAAAGUAAAUACAGAACUAAACAAAAUCGCCUUGAAGAUGAUUAUAGUGUUGAACUUGAAGUAGCUGAUGAUGUUAAUCAGGUGUUAAAUCAUAGGCCUCCUAGAGGCAAGAUAAUAUAUUUUGAGAAGUUCUCCAGGUGCAAAACUCAGAGCAAGGCAUUGCAGAGGCCAAAUUUUUUGUCAGGAGAUUCAGAAAUGUCUUCAUUAACCAAGGACAUUCUAGAUGAAUACGAUCAUCUUAUGGACUUCUUUAAACAGACUGCUGAAAAUUAUGGUUCUGGCCUACCAUCUUUUAGUCCAGAACCGUUUCCUCUGCCACCAGAUCCUUUGCUCGGGACCAGGUUUCAAGAUGUUAAUCCUUACAUUGCUGAAAGUGGGAUUGAAACUUCUGUUAAACAUGAAGUUGGUGUCACGUGUAAUUUCGGAAACAUGGAACAUAAUCUCUUGGUUCCUGCCAUAAAUAAUAUGGGAAAAGAGGACUGCUUGUUCCCAAAUCCUGCAAAGUUUGAUCUCGAUUUUUAUGCUUGUUCUAAAGAGGGAUAUGGGCAGUAUAGAGGCACUUGAUGCAUGGGACGUUUAUAGUUCAGGUCCUUCUGAAGUCUAUUAUGACGGAGAUGAUUUGUCACAUUUACAUUCUCAUGGUGAAGAAAGUCUUAAUAAUUAUAUGACACCAUGAGCGAUGCUCUCCUCUCGUGUGGAUGGGAACUCGGGUAAAUGGAUUGAUGUUGGAAAUCGAGGUAAAACAGAUGAGCUUAUAAGGAAGAAGAAGAGUAGAAGAUGUCAAUCAGCUCACCCAUUUUACCAAGCCAAUAAGAAGUUCUUUGCCAUGGGGCAGUCCUCAAGAAUGGCAGCAGGAAAUAACAAUAUUAAGAUUGUUCAUGAUGUGCCACUCAUGCCAGAAACUAGAGCUUUCAGGAGAUUGCAGCAUUCAGAAGCUAUCUGCUUGGAGCUUCCACAGCAAUCAUCCCAUCAAUGUGAUCAGGCUUCCACCCCAAGUUGUGGUGAUGGUGUAUUCUCUCAUGGAAGUUCAAGUGUGAAAAUGAAACUAGUUAACAUCUGGAAUAACAAAUUACAAGCUAAAGGGGAAUGCACAAGUACACGCGAUGGGGAGUCAAAAGAAGAAUUUGCACCGACAAAAACUCAAAGUUUCUUAAUGCUGGGACAGAAUGGAGGGAUUUCCGUCCAGAGAUCACAAUUGAGUACUUUAACUAUAUCUCAGAUGUUUUUGCGACUUCUCUAUCGUGUAUAGAUGAUGGACUUUUACCCCUUCCAGUAUGAGAUGCAAGGCAGAACUGGAACAGAGAAUCUUAAGAAUCAGGAUACUAUACUCACGUCACUUCUUUCGUCUUGCAUUUUGUUGGUGAUUCACUGGUUGCUGAUACCAUUGAUAAAAACUACCUGGAGGGUACCAAAGUUCUCCAAUAGGUUGAUAAGAAGUUUAUUCCAAUUAUGGCAGGCACAAUACUUGCUAUAAUUGAUCAGGACUAUUCUGGCCGCUGCAUAGUCCAUUAUGGCCAUUCUUGGUUUCUCAUGAAUUCCUUAUAAUGCAUUUAUUUUAAACAAUUGUUUCUCUUACGGAUGGUUUGGUUGGACUCAUUAGCAAAUAUAAAUAAGCAUAAACUUCCGCAUAAAUAGUAUAAUAUUUGUUGGCCACGUAAGAAAAUGUAAUUUCCGCAUAACUAUGUAGCACUCAGUUAUCUGCAUUAUAUAGUCAAGGAUUAUGAUCUUUUGUUUGAUUCUAGCAUUUAUCUUCAUUGGACAUUACGCUAAUUCUAAUGUUCUACAGUAU